AUGAUUCCUGACCUCCGCCGGCCCAUGACUGAUGCUAUAGGGUUGGCAGAAAAGGCGUCGAAGCUUACACCAAUUGAAAUGGCAACUGGUCAGAUCGACGCAUUCUACAGUUCUGAUGCUGAUGAUGUUCCCAGAAUAUCUCAGGAGUCGCACUAUGAUGCGGUUGAGAACAUCAUCAGUCAAUGCUUCGGCACUCAAAACGGUGGUGGAUACCAAUACGGAGCCUACAGUUACGACAACCGUUAUUCCCCUAUCGACCGUCGCAGUGCAGUGCCUGAGGAUAGAAAGGGAGUUCGCCGAGAUUGA